CCAGCCUGGCCCGACCUCGUGUGUGUCCCGAUGGCCAGCCCUUCAUGGGGCCGCGGAGCCUUUCAGAGGACGGACACUGGAGAGACCUAGCGUAGGACCGGCCGCCCUGCAAGGCCGCCUCGCUCCGCCCCAGGCCGGGGCCGCAGAAUAGCGCGGUGCUGCCCCGCGGCCUCCCCGGGCCGGGCCUCUGCGCCGCGGGGCCGAGUCGGGCGGACCGGGCCAGGCGGUCGGCAGCGCCGCCCUGCGCUGUCUGUGAGACCCGGAGAUCUGGAGCUAGAAUUUGCCUCUUUGGGGACCUGGGCCGGGGCUCUUAACCCCGUCAGCCCUCGCUCGCUUCCCAUCCUCCCCCUCUGAAGACUCCUCCCUCCCUUUACUCUCACCGUUGCUCACCUUUAUGGGCCUGGGAGGAAAGGUGUUAGAACUGACAGUGGAAGGACGCAGGGCAGCAGCUCCGCAGGGAGUCUUGUGGCUGCAGUCCUGCGCCACUGCAGGGAUUCUGGUCUGGAGAGGGUAGCAGUGGCCUGUGGUGUCUUAGAAUGUGCAUGCUAGCACAUCUGAACCCACGGUGAGCGUAACAGACCACGGUCAGAAGCACAUUGGUUAGCAGUCUGCUGUGAGCGUUCUCCUGGCCAGUUGAGUGCUGCCGUGGGCCACGUGAGCCUGUGGGGCAAGAGAUGAUGGCGAACCAGGCCGGGCCUAGGCCAGGCGGUUCAGGGCCACAGUUCAGUCAGGAUCUCCCUGCCCCUGUAGCUCCUCCCAUGGUGUGUGGUGGUGGAGAUUGGGGUGGGGGGCAGGGUAGUCGUGUGAAGUUGUGUGUGUAAAGGACCACAGUUAAAGUCAGAACUCUUGAUGCCUUGCUUCACUUCCAGCGUUUGCUCUUGUUCAUCUUUCUUUCUCUGUCCCAGGUCCCUUGGGGCAGCCCUUCCGCGGUGUCCAGGCUGGGCCGAGGGGCACUGCCCGUGUGAGCUGUCGAUGGUGUGAAGACCCUGGAGCUGGAGAUGGCCGCAGCCUUGGAACCAGAGGAGCAGGAGCUGUGGGAGGAAGAGGGGAUUCUGAUGGUGAAACUGGAAGAUGACUUGGCUUGCUGGCCUGCGUCGCGGCGGGAGGAGCCUGUGCUGGAGACCUCCUACCAGAACUUCCGCUGCUUCCGCUACCAGGAAGCCGCCAGCCCCCGGGAAGCGCUCACCAGACUCAGGGAACUUUGUCGCCAGUGGCUGAGGCCCGAAAGGCGGACGAAAGAGCAGAUCCUGGAGCUGCUUGUGCUGGAGCAGUUCCUCACGGUGCUGCCCGGAGACCUGCAGAGCUGGGUGCGGGGCCAGCGGCCAGAAAGCGGCGAGGAGGCAGUCACCCUCGUGGAGGGUUUGCAGAAACAACCCAGGAGCCCAAGGCGGUGGGUGACUGUCCAUGUUCAGGGCCAGGAGGUCCUGUUGGAAGAGACGGUGCACCCAGCACAGAGCACCAUCCAGAGUCCAGACCAGGGGGCAGCCGAGCAGCGGAGCCCAUGCCAUGAAGAGGGGCUGCCGCCCGCACAAGAGAGUGAGGUGCCAGCGCCCCAGGAGCCGGGCCCUCCUGUGGAGAGGGGCCUGGGAGAUCCCAGCAUGGCCGCCCUCCUCGCCGCGCUCUCUCAGGGGCUGGCCACCUUCAAGGAUGUGGCCGUGUACCUCUCCCAGGAGCAGUGGGGAGACCUGGAGCCCACACAGGAGUUCUACGGCGAGUACGUGCUGGAAGAGGACUGCGGCAUCGUGGUCUCGCUGUCGUUUCCAAUCCCCAGACUCCAGGACACUGCACUGGGAGAGGGGGAGCCGCAGAUCCCAGAUGACCAGGAGCUGGAGGAGCCGGAGAUUCUGAGUUUCACCUACACAGGAGACAGAAGCGGAGAUGAGCACGAGUGUGCGGCACAAGAGGGCGGGAGCGCGGAGGACACGCGUGGGCCCGCCCGGGGAGACCAGGCGGCCGCCCGGACUCCAGACUGCCAAGGGGUAGUUGAGGACAGCAGGGAUAGAAUUCACAAAUGGAGACUCGGGGGGAGAAAUUCUCAAGUAAGUGGGGUCACAAGUCUUGAAGACACGCCCGCACCCCCCGUGUCGGAGCAGGGCUGUGGCUGUCCCGUGUGCGGGAAAAGCUUCAGGUGCAACUCCCACGUCGUCAGACACCUGAGAACUCACACGGGCGAGAGGCCCUACAAGUGUGUGGAGUGCGAGAAGAGCUACACGCGGAGCGCACACCUGGCCCGACACCAGAAGGUGCACAGACGCGCGCACAAGCGCCCGCCGCCGCGGAGGCCCGGGGAGGAGGCCGCGGGCCGCAAGGAGAGGCCCUACGCGUGCGGGGACUGCGGGAAGUGCUUCCGCUGGGCCUCGGACCUGGCCAGGCACCGGCGGACGCACACGGGGGAGAGGCCCUUCCACUGCACCACCUGCGGCAAGAGCUUCGGCCAGAAGUCCGUGCUGGUGUGCCACCAGGCCACCCACCGGGACAAGCCCUACGUCUGCUGCGAGUGCCGGGAGGAGUUCGGGGACCACCGGAGCUUCCUGGCCCACAGAGAGGUGCACGCGGUGGUCAGGGAGCUCAGCCUCAGCCAGCACAGCGACGCCGAGGAGCGGCGCUUCUCCUGCCCGGCCUGCGGGAAGGGCUUCAGCAGGAAGUACCACCUGACCCGCCACCGGAGGACCCACCAGGAGAAGACCUAGCCCCCACCCCUCUGCAAAUGGACUCCAACCUGCUGCGGUUCUGCACCCCUCCCCACCAGCACCCCUCACCCCCCACCCCCGCCAAGCACACCCUGAACACAGGUGACAGGUGACGGUCCCCAGGGUCCAGUCAGAUGGUCAGGUGGUGAUAGCCACAGCGAUAGUGAUGUGUUGUCACGCCGAACGGGGCC